AUGACAGUGAAAACAUUUGGUGCACCUUGGGUCGAUGAAGAGUUGAAAAAAUACAUGUCCAGGAGGAACCAGGCUAAGAAACUAUCAAUCAACACAAAAAAUAUGAAUGCAAGAGGAGUGAUUUUGAGAGCCUUCGAGCAGUUCCGACUGAAAACAUGCAUUGACUUCAGGCCCAAACUGCAGGGGAAAAAUGAGCAACACAUUGCGAUCAAGAAGGACCUAAGGUUUUGGUCUCAUGUAGGAAAAGAGGAGUGGAAACAGGAUUUGUCCAUUGGCUCUGACUGUGAUACUGUUGGUACAGUGGAACAUGAACUCUUGCAUGCUCUGGGUUUCUGGCAUGAGCAGUCCAGAUAUGACCGGGAUGAUUAUAUUACAAUUAACUGGAAAAACAUUGAAUCAGGUGAGGAGCAUAAUUUUGAAAUCAGGACCAAUGAUACGAACAGCACCAUGGGCACACCAUACGACUACUCGUCCAUCAUGCACUACCCCAAGGAUGGAUUGGCCGAUGGCAAUGGACCUACAAUCAUCACAAAACUGCCACAGUAUCAAGAUGUGAUUGGUCAACGACGUGACAUGAGCCAUUAUGAUGUAGAAGAACUCAACAAGUUCUACGGAUGUACUGAUUCCAUCUCCUUUGUGGAGCACUGCAGCUUUGACGAUGAGGGAAUGUGUGGGAUGACGGUCUGCUCCAGGGGUACAGCUGAAUGGGUGAGAGUGAGAAGAACUCAUGGAGGUCCCCAAUCUGACCACACUCAACUAGGCACUGACAAACAGGGUUUCUUCAUGCACUUCAGCACCAAGCGAGGGACAAUGGGAAACUCUGCCAUAUUUCCGACCAGGAGGAUGACUCCCAAGAGAAGCUGCAAGGUUCAGUGUCUUGAGUUCUUCUACUACAAUACUGGGAGUGAGUCUGACCAGCUCAACAUCUGGAUAAGAGAGUUUGAUAAUGAUGACGACAUCAAGGGAACCCGAAGACUCAUAGGACAGAUAAAAGGAUCCCCAGCUGAUUACUGGCAGCUCCACCAUGUUCCUCUGGACGCCUCCAAGACCUUCCAGGUGGAGUUUGAGGGCCGCAAGGGAUCAGGGUCUUCAAGCGGGGGUUUCUCUGUGGACGACAUCAACCUCUCAGAGACUGAAUGUCCCCAUCACACAUGGCACGGGAGGGACUUUGAAAGGCUGUUAAAAGCCAGCAGGAAUGUAACUGUACUCGCCAGCCCAGCGUAUUAUUCCCAUGAAGGCUAUCGAUAUAAACUAUCAUUAGUAUUUCCUCAAGAUUACCUUUUUGUCUUUGUCCGCUUGGUCUCUGGUGUCCAUGAUGCUCGAUUGAAGUGGCCUUGUCACCAGAGACAGGUGACAAUUACAGUGUUGGACCAAAAUCCACACAUGCAGAGGCGCAUGUCGAAACAAAAGAGCAUCACUUCAAAUGCAUCACGGUUGAACUUUGAAGUUUAG